UGCAUCGCGGAACGCAGCGUGAUCGAAAGACACUCAUUAUCAAGUGUAACAUAUACACUUACAUGGGUAUACAGUAAUAUAUUUAAGGUAUAUGUAAUCAAAUAGUUAAAUCUCUAUAGCCAUGAUUCAGACAAUCAGACAUUGUUUAGUUAUGUAUUAACUUCAGUUAAGCAAGUAGUGAACAGUGUUAAACUCUUCAACAGCUGGGGUGUGUGGUGUCUCCCCACAAUUUGUGCUGCAUGCCUGCAGCAGUGCACAAUAUUACGACAGCCCAAGUAGCAUUAAAAAUAUACAUAUUGUAUAUGGGCUAAAAACAUGCAGGCCAGCAGGGUGUUUGCGUUGACAUCCGCUACAGAAUUACCUGCACCUGCGACUGGCCUGCAGCAGGUAACCUGCGAGCACUGCGAUAACCUCACCUUCAAACACAUCAAUGAUUUCAUCAGACACCUGCGCGUGCAACACUGCAGUCAGGAGGGAGGCUCCUUCGUCUGCCGGUAUGGUUACAACGGCGUGUGCUCGAGUCUUCCAGUUGAAGGUGUUUCCGACAAGGAUUACGUAGCCCAUGCCGUGAAGCACGCGGCGACGAUGCAGCAGCAGCAAAAAAAAAGCAAUGGUCAGUUAUUGCUGGCCAGCGGUGUCAGUUCGGCGGUAUCGGGCAUCCCUGUUUCUUGGACGGUAUACUCGGCUGCCCAAAAUCUACCUGCUGUGCUCAACGAUCCUAAUCGAGGCAAACAAAGCAAUUUCCUCACCAAGACCUGGGGCGACUCCUUUGUCGAGAAAGCCGACAUCCCUAAGUGCCCUUACCUGCCUGAAAUAACAGUGCAGCAUCUAGAAUCCUAUUUAAAAAGGAUUGCCAAAAGAUAUAGAAAGCACACGCGUCUCAAUUCCAUCUCAAAUCUUCCUUCCACUUCAUCCUACAAGUUACUACAAAACUUUCCAAAUCUCAGGAAAGUCAGAGCUAUCAGCAGUAGUAAUGGUCCCAUUGAACAUUCGCAAUUUGACUUGAGUAAUAUACCAAAAAUAUUUCUUAAUCCUAAUUUGGAACUUUCCAAAAAGGAAAACUUUGAUCAAGUUUUUGCUUUUUCAAAAGAAGGCCUACUUGGCGAGGGAAGAAAUAUCGUGUCAAAUGUUAAGCAAAUGCAAGAAAAACUGACCCAUUAUUUGGACAUUGUCGAAGUUAGAAUUGCGGAACAAGUAGCAUCUAAAUCUCAAGCUUUUUUUCAUGCUAUGACUUCGCAUGAUGUAUUGAUGGAGCAAUUGACACAAACUAUUACAAUCUUGAAAGCUCUGCGAAAAAACAUUAAUGAAAUUGAUAAUAAGCUUGUCAAAAAUUCAUUUCAAGUUUUGAGAUUGGAGCGCUUGAGGUGUAAUCAUUUAUUAGUGCAAGAAAAAUUAAAACUCAUAGCAACAGUUCAUCAAAGUCAACCAAUGAUUCAGUCAUUGCUGUCAACGCCAGAUUACGUCGCCGCAUUGGAUGUUAUUUCUACGACUCAAGAAAUAUCGUUGCAAGAGUUGAAUGGAAUUCACAGUUUUCGGCACUUGGGGUCACAAUUGUCAGAAAUGGAGAAACUCAUAAAUAAGAUGUUAUAUACCGAGUUCGAGAGGUAUGCGACGGCAGAUUUAAAUCGACCUUUGUCAAGUGAUAAUACUGUGCUGGAUGGAGAUAAACUGGUAUCCAUCAUAUCAGGACUUUUGCGCCAAAAACACUUUCAGUUUAUAGAUAUUUAUAAAGAGGAGGCAAUGACAACUGUUAGAGCAAUAACAAAACAACGUGUCAUCGAGUCUUUAGCUGAUAGCGACUGUUGUAGCGAUCAACAAGCGGCAGCUUUAGAAGUUGGCGGUCUCCCUCUCAACGAGCGAUUAAAACUAUUAGACAAUACGAUACAUUCUUUGACAUCGCUUUUGCAUCGAAUUAAGACGGUACAUAACGUCAUAAAAGAUACGGCAGAUUUGGCAGCAGGGAAAUCGUCGUCAGAAAGAUCCAAUGAGUCAUUGAUAGAUCAGCUGUUAUCGGAUGUAGAUCAUACGCGCGUGACAACAAAAUUAUCAGAUUCGUUGAUUUCCAUAUGCGAUUACUGCCAUGAAAGAUUGGGAAAUCUUGUUUCUGCAAGUCCCUCUGACAGUGAUAAAGAUAAGGGUUCCAUCGAUGGAUCUUUCAGUAAAUUUGAUAAAGAUUCGUUGAGCUGGAACGAUAAGUCUUGGUUAAGUGAAACAGCAUCUACCUCGCAAGUUUGCAAAUUGGCGAAUAUUGUCGACAACUUUACGGACACAUGUGAAAAAUUGUGUGGAAAACAGUGCAUAGCCCUUCGUUCCGCUUUCAAGGCACAAGCGAGUAAAUUUGUACAAAAAUUCCAUACGGAACGAAAAAUAACAUUGAGUCACGUACUUGACUCGGAACGGUGGAAACAAGCCGAUGUUCCUCCCAAGUAUCAGGCACUGGUGACUUACGUUCAUAAAAAUGAAAGUUUUCCAUACGAACUGGGUAAAGAAGAUAUUAUCAACAGUGAUAAAAUUGCCAAUGUAAUAAGUAUAGGGGAUGAAAAAUAUGCCAUCGUUUGGGCUGUUUUAAUAUUAAUUCAAAUCAUCCACGAGUACUGCAGAACUGGUAGUGAACUGUCAGCCUUGUCUGGAAUGAUUGGUCGUCAACUUGCCGAAUUGCUGCGUCAUUACAAUUCUCGUUGCUGUCAACUCGUAUUAGGUGCUGGCGCUAUGCAGGUUGCCGGACUCAAAACUAUCACCAGUACAAUACUUGUCUUGGCUGCACGAAGCUUAAAACUAGUACUAUGGCUAAUGCCUUUUGUUAAAGCUCAUUUUCAAGCUUUAGCAGAACAGAGCUGUUAUCACAGCGUCGCAGGCAUGCCAGCCACGAGCGGAGGAGUUGCAUUACUCGAUACUGUAGAGCGUGAUAUUCGAUCUCACAUUCUCGAGAUAGAUGGAAAGAUAUUAACUAUUGUUGAUAAUCUUUUGGGAGGUCAAAUUUCUAGUUGGGCUGCCAAGCCACCUGUGCCAUCCCAAUCGUUUAGAAAUAUUUCAAGGCACUUGGUUAAACUACACGAAGCGGUAUCUGGCAUUCUGCCGAACGACGAGGUCCAAGCGCUCUAUAGAACGGUGAACACGUCUUUCAAAGAAAAGCUUAAGGAACAGCUGGUAAAAAUGAACAUUGUCAACAACGGUGGUCCCCAACAUGGCGUCGUUACUUCCGAGCUCACAUUCUACCUGGAGACAUUAAGAAACCUCAAAGUUUUUCCCAUAGAGGAGUUGGGCAAUGAUUGUCUCGAUGACGUUUGGACUAGAUAACAUGCAGAGCGUGUUGUGUAUUGUAUUAUCGAUGCAAUCAAGCACCACAGGUACAGCUGACCAAUGGCAUUAUUUUCCAUGUCUAUCAUGUGCUCUGCAACGUAUUGCAAACGAAAUAGUACUGAUUCUGUAUUCCAAAGCACUGGGAAGUUAUUGAUGUUCUGAUUUUAUUUGCCUUACAUACAUGUCUACAGCGCGAAAAAAAGUAAUUCACGUUGUUUUAAUGCGUAAAUAUUUGCAAAUAUCACGAUUUUCAAAUUAAUAAAAAAUAGACUGAUACGACCAGAAUUAAAAUUCAUAUGACGAGGUAAUGGUUGGACCAAAAAGUGCAAAUAACCAAUAAAAGUGUUUAAUCGCUAUAUACUAGGCCAUACUUAUUAAGAUUGGUGAUUUUAAAAAUAACAUAUAUAGUGAGGAUACAAAAUCUAUUUACUGCCACUGGCCGUUUUUUGCUAUGAUUUAUAGUUUGUUUCGCAGUAUGUUGAUUUGACUUGUAAAUAUAGGAGAGAGUUCGUAGUUCAAAUUUUAUAAUCAGAAUUUUGUUACUAUCGUUCACCUCAGACGUGACAUUUUUUAUCAAUUAUAUGCUGUCAAAUGAUUUUUAUAUGCUUCGUAGAGUUAAAGUUUGUUUUUCCAUGCGUUCAUUUUUUUUUUGCUCAAUCCUGAGGUGUAAAUAGUAAUACAAAUCGAAUGCGAAUAUUAACCGGUUCAAAAAUACUAAUGUUAACAACUUAUGGGGUUAUCCGAAGUAAAGUGUCAUCUAAAAUUGCUUUGGAAUGUACGAAAUUAUUUUUCUGAAAAUUUAAAUUGUAUUUUGUUGUAAAUAGAAUAUUGUUAUUAUAAAGUCAUCGCAGGAUCUCACCGCAGAUUCUUAAAAAGACUGAUACAUUUUUUAAUUAAAUCACUAUCAUGCAAGCUGUCCUACUAAAAAUGUCUGAGUCAAACAUAAUCACAGAAAAAAGCUUUUUGUAAAGCAAUUUGUAUUUUGCCAAAAAUUUUAUUAUAUUUAUAAUGCAUGAUAGACACGCAAGAGUCACAAUUCAUACAAUGUUUACCUGGGUUUGAGUUUAUAUAUCACUUGAAAANA